CGUCAUUUUCCAGUUGGAGAUUUUCAGUGUUCUGCGACGGUUGCAAUUUUCUCGAUACGCAGUUGAAAAUAUCUUAAUAUCCAGCCAAUAAACGCCCGAAAAAAGCAACAAAAUGUCCGGAAAAGAUAGGCUACCGAUUUUCCCGUCCCGUGGUGCCCAGAUGUUGAUGAAGGCCCGUCUGGCUGGAGCCCAAAAGGGUCACGGCCUGCUGAAGAAGAAGGCGGAUGCCCUGCAGAUGCGAUUCCGCAUGAUUCUGGGCAAGAUCAUCGAGACCAAGACCCUGAUGGGCGAUGUUAUGAAAGAGGCGGCCUUCUCGCUGGCCGAGGCCAAGUUUACGUCGGGCGACAUCAACCAGGUGGUGCUGCAGAACGUGACCAAGGCCCAGAUCAAGAUCCGCACCAAGAAGGACAACGUGGCUGGCGUGACCCUGCCCGUUUUCGAGUCCUACACUGACGGAGCCGAUACCUACGAGCUGGCCGGUUUGGCCCGUGGUGGCCAGCAGCUGGCCAAGCUGAAGAAGAACUACCAGAGCGCCGUCAAGCUGCUCGUGGAGCUGGCCUCGCUGCAGACAUCGUUCGUCACCCUGGACGAGGUGAUCAAGAUCACCAACCGUCGUGUGAACGCCAUCGAGCACGUGAUCAUCCCCCGUAUCGACAGGACACUGGCCUAUAUUAUCUCCGAACUGGAUGAGCUGGAGCGUGAGGAGUUCUACCGACUGAAGAAGAUCCAGGACAAGAAGCGCGAGGCUAGGAUCAAGGCCGAUGCCAAGAAGGCGGAGCUCCUGCAGCAGGGCAUCGAUGUGCGCCAGCAGGCCAAUAUCCUGGAUGAGGGCGACGAUGACGUGCUGUUCUAAGUAGUAUUACCGCGGAUGUGUAGAUAUUCCAGCAAUAUUAUUGUUAAACUAUUUUUCUGUUUCCGUUCUGUAACCGUUCCCAUAUACUGUACGUAAUUGUAAUAAUUCGCAGAGGGCAAGCCACAAAAAUCUUAGCAAAAGUGUGUAGACUAUUCCAAUAAGCAGAAAAGUAUGUAUUCCAUUUUUGUAGUGUAGUGUAAGCUGCGCCAUCCAUGCAUUAAAGUCUUGUUGUUUCAUA